UUUGAGUUUGCAUCACAACAGGAAGAUGGCUUCAUGGUGGCCAGGAUGGAGCUGAAAGUGUGGGUAGAGGGUAUUCAGCGCAUUGUGUGUGGGGUCACAGACACCACCACCUGUCAAGAUGUGGUUUAUGCGCUGGCUCAUGCUACUGGGAAGACUGGCCGCUUCACACUUAUUGAGCGGUGGCGUAACAAUGAACGCCUGUUAGCUCCCAAUGAGUACCCACUUAAGAUUCUAAUGAAAUGGGGAGAAUACUCUAAUGAUGUGCAGUUCAUCCUUCAACGAUCAGCCCUUGAUCCUAAGACACCCAAUGGUCCAGCUGGCCUUCGACCUGGUAUUUCCCAGAGAGUGGAUACCUCAAGCAGGCCAUCUGUCCCUCAGGGUCCACAAGCUGUGCAAGACCGACCUAGACAAUCCCCUCACGUACACAAAGAUCUAAAGAAAUCCUUGACAUUUAGUGGUGGUCAUGCAGAACUUCGGAGACAAGAAGUGGGUUCCCCAUCCCAGUCUGCUGCAGGACCACCUUUAUUGCAGGCUGUACCAUCGCAAACAGGUCCUCGUCAUACAGACCUUGUUUAUCCCACACCACCUGUGUCACACUGGGAAGGGCAAGGCUGGACAGGCGAAGGAAGCAGGACAGAUCAACAGCCUGGAGGAGUUGCUUGGAGACCUCCUGCACCUCCGCCUUAUGAGGUGGUUCGGGGCAAUCCCCCUCCACCUCCUCCUUCUAGGGUUGGGGUAGAUAAUGUUCGGGCCACCACUAGUCACUGGAGCACACCUCGGCCUGGUCCUCAUUCACCUCCAUCAUCAUCUCAUCAAUCAAACUCGGCUUCCAUCCAUCACUCACCUAGCAAAACAACCCCAACUAAUGAGCCGCCAUAUUCAACAACUUCUAGAAGAGAUCAGCGAGUUGACUCUCAAUCUUCAGUGAGGACAGACCUUGUUUACAGCGAUGGUAGACGAGCCCCAUACCCAGGCUACACACAUCAGGGUAAUAUUGGUCUUCCUACUGGUCCCCAGUAUGCAUCCCGUGGUCCACCUCCUAGUCAGACUUCUCCCAUGUAUAAUGGCCCACCCCCUCCAAAGCCACCACACAUUGCAGGUCCAAGAGAGCUCCCACCAUACCGUCAUCCACCCCCACCAUCUUCCUCACCAAGUAAAAUUGCCCCAACUCAUGGAUCACCAAGGAAAAUUGUGAAUGUAUCUCAGCCACAACCAGCACUGACGACACAGAUGUCACCUAUCAAACAGCUUCCAACAGGAACACAAGUGCCACAUUCGACAAACAAAGUGCCUAACACUCAUCAGGUCACUGCCUCCCCACAUUCGUCACCAGUACGUCACCCCUCACCAACACGAAGGCCAUCACCCACUCGCCAUCCAUCACCAACACGCCAUUAUGGGGUGAACUCUGCAAAUGUCAAUUCUGCCAAUCAGCUUGGCAGUGUCAAGAGUGGACGAUCCAGCAGUCCAGUUAAAAACAUCCCAGUAAGACACAUUAACUUUGAGGAUACACCAAGCAGUGCCAAAAAUGAGAGAUGCACAUCUAAACCAUCAGAAGAGGAACCAAAUUGCAGGCGGGGAGAAGCCAGUUUAAGGAAAGAGGAUGGUGCAAAAAGCGAUGUUACCAGAGAAGUUUCUCAAGCAGAUAUUGUAAAUAACAGUGCUUCAAAAGUUAGUUCAGAUACACAACUCAAAAUAAAUCAUCGUAGAGGAAGUAUGGACAGGUUGGCUUUGGAAGGAGGAAUUGUGCCUAGUCGACGUGGAACAAGCGAAGAACCUCUUCCCAGUGAGGUAACCCUUACAAACUGUGGUGAACGGCUCAACACAUCCCUAGAUUCUACAUUUUCGAAUCACUGUGUGAAAUCCCCGCAUUCACGACGAAGUCCUGCUAAGGAGUCGCCAAAAGCUGGUAAUGAUGGAGUGAGGGGAAACCACAGCAGCAGGGUGGAGCAGGUAGUGAUGGAUGGCAAGUAUCGUGACCUUAUCAAGCUCAUUAAUCUUCAGCGUGAAAAAUUAAACAACCAGCAAGUUGAGAUAACCAAGUUUGAAGCAGAAAUAGCAUACUUUGAGGGACGGUCACGUGAAGAUGAAUCUCGUCUAGCUUAUGUCACGGCAGAGAUAGAGAGACAAGAGAAGCUAGCACAACAGAUUGACCAAGAGGUGAAUCAUUUGCAACAACUGGAACAGGAGGCUGAGGAAGCACGACAAGCAGAGGAUGAAGUUAAAGCUGAAAUAAGUGCUCUACAGGCACAGUUGGCUCAUUGUGAAAACCAGCUGGCAAGUCACAAUGAGACCGUCAGGUCAGCUCAGGAACUGGAGAAAAGCAUGAGUGAAGAAAAACAGCGUAGCCACGAUGAAGCGAAAGCUCAACAAGAAGCUAUAAUGCGUGAGAUUGAGAAGUUACAAGCAGCUAUAGCACAAGCUAAUGCCCAGGCUGAGCAUGCACAGCUCACCUCACAGCAGCUUCUUCAAGAGAUGGCAGAAUCAGAGAAGGCAAUAUCAGAAAAGAAAAAAGAAGUGGAAAAGCUGGUAAUGGAGAUGAAAGAUGCAAACCUGGAGUCACUGUCAAUAACCCCAUCAGAAGAGAUCCGCACCCUUUUGGAGGGUAAGACAGGAGCAUCAAAGCCUGGAAGCAGUCGUCGCAUGAUAGGGUCUCCAAGACAACUAGAAAAUGCUGUUCCCACAUCAAAGAAUCCACAUGGUGUGUGGGUAUAAAUAUCUUCUCUGAUGAUAAUCAUAUCAAAUGAGCACUGCAGAUAGUCUCAAGUAAUUUUUCAGCUCAUAUUUAAUUUUCACUAGGCUUUAGGUGUGUGUAUAUAUAAAGAUCGUGUUUACCAUUUCAGUUAUUGCCUUAUUAUAAAUGAAGAUCACUUCAUGCUUAAGAAAUAUAGAAUUCUGAAGAAGUGUGAUUUAUACUUUGGUGCUUAUGUUGUUUCCCAACUGAACAGCAGGUUAAGCUGUCCUCUUUGUAAAAUAUUAUUUUCAUUUAUGGCUUAUGCCCAUGGCAUGAACAAGUGCUGUCUCUUGAAACUGGCAGUAGGGCACACAGAUUUGUAGUUAUAUAGAAGAUGAUGGCAUUUUUUUUCUUCUUUGUGUCAUUCUUAAUGUGAUGUGGUAGCAAAGUUUUACGUAAUAAUAGAUAAGUAUUAAGUGAAUUAUAGGUAAAUUGGUGCUGUGCAAAUAUAAUGAGGUUAAUCCUAAUAGCAGAAGGUUUUGUGGUGUACUCAUUGUUUGACUCUGAUAUAGCAUAUCAUUUACAGCAUUUAGAGAUAUAAAUUCCUUCAGUAUAUGAAAUUUCUUGCAUUAAGUUGAUAAUUUUUAAUGCAAAUUUUGGAGAAUAUUUUUUUGUGUCCCUUUCAUGCUGUAGUAUAUCAUAACUGAAGGUAUUAAAAUGUUAGAGAUUACUGUACUUGCAUCCUUGAUAAUUAGAACACUGGUUUAUUCAGUCUGACAGUUUAUAUUGACAUACACCUGAAUUCUUUCUCACUAAUCAUAUAAAAUUCUUCCAGUGUUCUUUGAAUUAAUAAUUGGUUGCUAUGCUUUUCAUUUUCCAGCCAGUUGACUAGGUAUUGUUAGCAGUAUUUCAGUGGUGUAAUGAAUUCAGGUCUCUAGAAACUCAAGUAUUUAUUUUUCCAUUUAAGGUGCACCACUUGCAAAGUUAUUAUAUGAAAUGAAUUGCACUGCAAGGCUGGCACCUUUCUGGCUCUAGUCAUUCUCUCAUCAUGGUGUGUUCAUAAUAAAGGCUAUAAUGCUCCCUCC